AUUCAACAGCAGCAUCUAACAAACAUAUAAAUGAUCUGGAUUGUAGUAUUAGCAGCUCUGCUAAUCCAGUUUAUUCGAUAUGCCUGGACAUACGGACAUCGCACGUCAGAUAUGCCAUCAGGCCCUCCAACCCUCCCAUUCAUCGGCAACAUCCACCAAAUCCCAAAAUCAUACACACACCUCCAAUUCACAAAAUGGGCCCGCAUCUAUGGCCCCCUGUACACCCUCAAAAUCGGACCCAGCACAAUGGCCGUGAUAACCUCCCGCCGUCUCGUUAAGGAAGUCAUCGACCGAAAAAGCAGCAUCUACAGCGACCGGCCCGCGUCGUAUAUAGCACAGAGCCUGAUUACCAAGGGCGAUCAUAUGCUUGUGAUGCAGUAUGGGGCGCAGUGGAGGAUGAUGCGGAGACUUGCGCAUCAUCACUUUAUGGAGUCGAUGGUGGAUGAGACGCAGUUGGAUAUUGUGAAUGCGGAGGCGGUGCAGUUGGUGAGGGAUUUUUUGGUGGAUGCACAUGACGAGGGAGGAUAUGGGCAUAUGGAGUAUCCGAAGAGGUAUAGUCAUAGCAUCGCCAGUUCUAUCUUAUUUGGCAUCCGCACCGCAACCCAUCACGGCAGCAACAUGAACCGGCUGUACACAAUGCUCGAAGGCUUCACGGAGAUUCUCGAAACAGGCGCCACCCCGCCCAUUGACAUCUAUCCGUGGCUGAAAUACAUCCCGGAGCGAUUAUUCGGAAACUAUGUAACACGCGCACGCGCAGUGGGCACGCAGAUGGAAACCUUACAUGGUGAAAUCCUACAGACAAUUCUUAAACGGCGAGGGGAAAGCCCAGAAAAGAAUCUAGGGAGCUUCAUGGAUAAAGUCCUCGAUGCGCAGGACAGGAACCAGCUUCCACUGCGACAGGUGGCGUUUAUAGGGGGUGUGUUGAGUGAAGGUGGUUCUGAUACGACGAGUACUUUGAUCAUCACCAUCAUCCAAGCGUUGAUUCUGAAUCCAGACGUCCAGAAAAAGGCACAGGCGGAGAUUGACGCCGUGGUGGGGUUUGACAGAUCGCCCAUUUGGGCUGAUAUGAAGCAGUUGCCGUAUCUUAAUAUGAUUGUCAAAGAGGGACACCGGUGGAGGGCUAUCCUGCCUUUAUGCUUUCCGCAUGCACUAAGCCAAGACGACUGGAUCGACGGCAAAUUCCUCCCCAAAGGAACAACAAUCAUCAUCAACACCUGGGGUAUCCACAUGGACCCAUCCCAGCAUCCCGAAUAUAACCCCGAAUCCUUCAUCCCAGAACGAUACGCCGACCACCCCCUCCUCGCGUCCGAAUACGUCGGCGGGAAAUGGGAGAACCGCGACCAUUACGGAUACGGCGUCAGCCGGCGUAUUUGCCCGGGUAUUCAUCUCGCAGAGCGGAAUCUGUUACUUGCCGUGACCAAGUUGCUCUGGGCGUUUGACUUUUUGCCGGAUGAGCGAAAGACAAUUGAUACUGACCUGCGGACGGGGUAUAACCGUGGCUUUUUGUAUUCUGCGAAGCCGUUUGGAUGUCGGACGAAAGUGAGGAGUGAUAGGGUGAGGGAGACGGUGGAGAGGGAGUUUGGCAUUGCGCAGAGGGAUGUAUUCUCUCGGUUUCAAGAGGGAUAGUUUAUAGUAUAUGAUUGGAUUGGUUAGUCUAUUACUCUACAAAACUAUCGCCCUAUACAGUACAGUAACCCCAUCUAAGCCGAUCUUGCCUCCCUUCUCCAUCUACCCGCAAACCUCCACUGCAUUAAUGGCCCAACCAGCGCCAACGCCUGCACAGCGACACAGAUCGUAAACGCCACUCCCGCACCAACCCCGUUCACCAUCGGCAUCACGAAACUCGUGCCCCCAGCUGCAAACAGAC